AUGGCUGUAUUAACCAUCCCGCGGUUGGAGCUGUGCGGCGCAGUCCUUCUAGCAAAGUGGAUGUCCUGCAUCAAACAGACACUUAGUGUGGAGUUGGAAAUAGUUGAAACUCACGCUUGGAGUGACUCUACAAUCGUCCUCAAUUGGUUGACAGUACGCCACGUGGCCUUCAAGGUUUUUGUGUCAAAUAGGAUUCAUCAAGUACAGUCAUUACUUCCGGACUGUCAGUGGCACCAUAUAUCGUCGGAAGAUAAUCCAGCUGACUGUGCUUCCCAGGGAUUAACACCAUCUGAUUUAGUGAAUCAUGUACUGUUUUGGAAGGGUCCUACGUUCCUCACGUCACCCACCGUCGAAUGGUCUACACGUGUUCCUUCAGUCGAACCGAACCAACUUCCUGAGGCUAAGGCUGAGAGUCCUACGGUUUUACUCGUCGAGAUAACAACGGAAUGGUACUCCCGCUUCUCGUCGCAUGUGCACAUGAUCCGUGUCGUCGCCUAUGUCCGUCGUUUCACCCUACUCUGUCGUCGCCGUCAACAAGUCUUUGAGUGUUAUCUCACGCGCGGUGAGCUCGAUUCGGCGUCGUUGGCAAUUGUCCGAUUUUCUCAACUGACAUUCUUCAGCAAACUUCGCCAUGAAUUAGGUUGUUCAAAACCAAUAUUGUUGCGGUCUGUUGCACGACUCCGACCUUACAUUGAUGAUAGUGGCGUAAUCCGAGUAGGUGGCCGAUUAGCCAAUGCUCAACUAUCAAACGAACAACGACAUCCAGUUCAAUUGUCUAAAUCGUCUUAUCUAUCUCUACUUCUAAUACAUCAUUGGCACGAUCUCACCGGCCACAGUGAUCCCCGCGUCAUAACAGCACUUUUGGGACGUCAAUACUGGAUUAUGUCAGUUGGUACUCUUAUUCGUACAGUCAUCAGCCACUGUACACGUUGCGUUAGGCUGUCAGCCGCCAACCCGCAACCGGUUAUGGCAGAUCUGCCACGAUCCCGUGUAACCGAAUGUCGUCCUUUCUCCCGUGUAGGGAUUGAUUAUGCAGGGCCGUUGCUGAUGAAGGAGCAUCGUCUUCGAAAGGCGCGUCAGUAUAAAGUUUAUGUGGCAGUAUUUAUAUGUUUUGCAGUCAAGGCGGUACAUCUAGAGGUCGUGUCUGAUUUAUCCACUGAUGCCUUUAUAGCUGCGCUCAAUCGGUUUGUCGCCCGUCGUGGUCUUCCCACCGAUAUUUAUUCAGACUGUGGGACAAAUUUCGUCGGCGCCGCAGCCCAACUCAAAAACCUUAUUAACCACCGAGACAACCAAGGUCAACUGUCGGCAUCUAUACAAUCUGUUUGGCAUUUUAACCCCCCCAGGUGCACCGCAUUUCGGCUGCAGUGCGAUCGGCAAAGACCCUUUUAG